GUUAUUGCCUCUUCUAUCUAAUUAAGUGACACUACAAAGCUCAAAACACACUGAUUGGCAAGUUUUUACACACUAGUUUCUUUUUAAAGGUCUUUUUACACACGAAGAACUCCAAAAUGGCCAGGGUCCAAGGUCUAGUUCUUCUUGGUUUAUUAGUACUUUCAAGUUUAGUUAUGUUAACCGAGAGCCGAGUGGCAAGAAAAGACCUGGGGCUUGACCUAGGUGGUAUUGGGGUUGGUCUAGGCGUUGGAUUGGGGAUUGGUCUUGGCGGCGGGUCAGGCUCUGGUGCUGGUGCAGGUUCAGGUUCAGGUUCCAGAUCAUCAUCUAGCUCUAGCUCUAGUUCGUCAUCAAGUUCGAGUUCUCGUGGUUCGGGUGGUUCCGGAGCCGGUUCAUCUGCUGGUUCAUUUGCUGGAUCUAGAGCUGGAUCAGGAUCUGGUAACUAAAUUAUAAAGCACGAUAUAUGUGAAACAAAAAGUAUGUUUUAUGAUGUUGGUUUGCCGUAAUUAAUAUCGUGUGUACUAAGUUGGAUGAAUAAAUUGUCGUCAUAAAUUAUGCUUUGUUUGAAA